AUGCAGUUUUUAACUCUUCUUAGUCUCUUGGUACUCCAUUUCGGCGCAGCGGCAGGCAAGCAAUGGUGUCUCUGUGUCGCUGAUGGCAAGGCCCAAGACGCUGCCACGAAAAGAGUUUGCAAUCGGUACAUUGAGGGGGUUCUGAAACCUCACAAUGGGGCGCAGGUGUAUCUGGGCCAAACACUCGACGGGUUAAACCAUGACGUUUGUAUUGGGGAGGCUAGGGUCUCGUUCGUUCGUUCGGAGUUCAAGGCCCAGUGCGACGAAAUUGGCAAGGUCACCAGCUUCAACUGUUGGAGAGACGAUGACUCUGGACAAAGCUGGAUCGGCCACGACCAAGUCGUUGCGCUCCCCGAAAAAGCGGACGUUGGGUUUGAGGGGCAGGUCGAGCUUCGCUUCAACCCUUAUCUCUUUGUUUCGGGAGGCUGCGACCCUUAUCCCGCCGUUGAUGCUACUGGCAGUCUAGGUGGUGGUUUGAAACCUACUGGUAAAGGAAGGGGCAAGUGCGGCGGUGGUGGCAAGGGACAGGUCUACGUCCGUCGCGGAAAAAGCCAUGGCCGCGUUGGGAUUCUUUACGCCUACUACUUUCCGAAAGUUCGUUGGGCCAAGGGCGACGACAACGGCCACCGCCACUACUGGGCUAGUACCGUCGUCUGGAUCAAACAAUGGGGUUGUAAGCCCGACAAUCUCGCAGCACUUCAGCCUGCCGGUAUAUCUUAUACGACAGAUCACCUAAAAUGGGGAUCAGCACCUGCUAGCGACAUAUCCUUUGGUCCUUCGAAUGCAGGCGCCGACAAGGCCACGCACCCAAAGGUCCAGAUUCACGACAACGCGAUGUCCCCCUUCAAGGGAGAAGACGGCGACAGCGUCUACGACCGCACCCUCGUCAGCUGGACUUCUCUACCGGUGGAGGCAAGCGAGGCACUCGCCGACGCCAAUUAUUAUGCGAGCCAAGUGCCGUUUACCGACGCAAACUUCCAGAGCCAGCUGGACGCCGCGUACCAGGAUGAUUUCUACGACGACGUGCCGGAGGAGCCAGUUUGCAAGAAGUGA